AGAUAUAGGUCAUUUCAAUGCUUGGAACUUAUACAUGUAGAUAAGUACCAAAUAUGGUUUACAUAGUCGUUUGUAUCUGUUUGAUCUCAUGGCCAUAUCUUUUGACAGCAUCAGCAUCAAAAGUAAGGCUGGUGAAUGGCCAUGGACUGCCAAACCAAGGUAGACUAGAGAUUUUCGAUAACAGACUCGGAGUUUGGGGAACAGUUUGUGACGAUUUGUUCGACAGAAACGCCGCGGGAGUGGUGUGCCAACAGUUAGGAUACAGCAGACUCAACGCGCAGGUACGAUCGCAAGCUUACUUUGGUCGCGGAUCUGGACGGAUUGCUUACGAUGACGUCAGGUGUAACGGGACAGAGACGGACUUGAGUCAAUGUCAGCACGCCCGGAUCAGCGAUUGUUCGCACUCUGAAGACGUGGGCAUCAUUUGCCAAAGCACUACAACAAACGCGAGCUGUGAUUUUGAGCAACAGUCGCAUCCAUGUCAAUGGGCAAAUAUUCACAAUGAGAAUUUUGACUGGAUACUUCACAGUGGUGCUACAGUAUCCUCCGGAACUGGCCCAGAUGUUGACCACACACUUGGAACCUCACGAGGUCACUAUGUCUAUAUUGAGACAAGUUCGCCCAGAAAGCCCGGGGAUAUUGCCCGUCUGGUCAGUCCAAGUCUGGCACCGUCAAACGCACGCUGCGUACAUUUCUGGUAUCACAUGUACGGACCAACAACAGGGACAUUAAAUGUUUUAGUUUCCACAUCAAUUGGGAACUCCACUCUGUGGAGUAUGAAAGGAAAUCAGGGGAAUGCCUGGCACCGAGCACAAGUUCCAGUGACGAGCACACGAAUAUACCACGUAGUGAUCGAGGGAAUUCGGGGGAGCAGUUACACCGGCGAUAUCGCGAUUGAUGACAUUUCCUUCACACAGUCCGCAUGUUCUGUUUAUCCACAAACUGCUGCGUCACAUCUACCCUCUUCAUCAACAGACUUCCCUGUGCGUCUGGUGGAUGGACACGGAAGUGCAAGUCAAGGAAGAGUGGAGGUUUUCUACAAUGGCUCAUGGGGGACGGUCUGUGACGACAAUUUUAACCAGAGCGCAGCAGCGGUUGUUUGUUCCCACCUCGGAUAUGAAAGCUCCACCGCUCAAGUAAAUAAAAACAGUUUCGGAUCCGGUACUGGUGCCAUUAUUCUGGAUAAUGUCGUCUGCAAUGGUCACGAGACAGGAUUAGAUAAGUGUCGACACAGUCCACCAGGGGUCACUAACUGCGCUCAUACUGAAGAUGUUGGGGUGGUUUGCAGUGCUGAUUGCAUGCACGUCAAAGCUGACAUCGUGUUUAUGCUGGACUCUUCAAGUUCCGAAGGAGCAACAAAUUUCCAAAAGCAGAGGGAUUUUGUGGCGUCCUUUGUACGCUCGUUAACCAUAGGACCCUCAAACGUCCAAGUAGGAGUAGUAACGUUCUCAACCACUGCAAAGGUGAAUUUCGAUCUGAACGACCACACAACAAAGCCAAGUGUCCUUUCGGCUAUAAAUCAAAUCUCCUACAUACAAGGAUCAACCCACACUGACCUGGGAUUAAACCUCGUCUGGACCAGAAUAUUUGGUCAACUCGGAGAUCGAGCUGAUGCCCAGAAUAUCCUAUAUAUCUUAACUGACGGACAGUCCAGUAGCCCAUCGGCCACCACAGUGCAGGCAGACUUGGUUCGUAAUCACAAUAUCAAGACUUACGCAAUAGGAAUCGGAGCCACAGUAAGGAGGAAUGAGCUGAACAGCAUCGCCAUGACAAGUAACUACGUCAUUCAAGUAUCAGACUUCUCAAACCUACAGUCCAUUGCUGCCAAACUGAAAGAUGACCUCUGCUCAGACACCCCUGUAACAACGAUUUCACCUACAUUGAACUGCAAAGGAAAAACCUGCCAAGGCUACAAUAAUACUUGCGUUCUUCACGACUAUGGGAAAAACGGAUCAUUAACAAGCGAAUGUCAUCAUGAAUGUCAUUUCUAUAUGGCAGUUCAAUACACUCCCUGUAGAUCUUGGCCCAGCCAGUCGUGUUGUUGUAGAACACAGCAGUGCAUCGAUUCUAUGCAAGUUACCACACCCCUAACUACUGCUACUACCACACCCACAACGACGACGACGACGGAGGCACCAUGUCGAGACCAUGGUCCUGCUGGGUACUGUGCCAAUUCAAAGGAGACAAUCUGUAACCCCACGGAUGAGAGAGGGUGGGAGUACGCCCAACAUAUGUGUCCAGUCACCUGUAACCUCUGUAAGGACCACUUAAGACUGGACUGUGAAGACAACGACCAAAACGGAAUAUGUAACCUGAACAGAGACACAAUAUGUAACGCCGCCAAUCCAGAGGGAAGGGAAUUCGCUAUCAACGCAUGCGCAAAAACAUGCAACAUGUGCAGUGAAUACUAUGCUAUCUACAAUGAAAAGCAUGAAUUCACAACUAAAACAACUUCAACCACAACUACCACAACACCAACAACUACCACAACAACAACACCAACAACUACCACAACACCAACAACUACCACAACACCGACAACGACGACACAGAAACCGACAACUGCUUCAACAGCAGUACCCACCACUUCCUCUCCCUCACCGACAAUGUCAACUGCCACGCCCACGACAUUAACAUCUCCGACAACCACAACAACCCCGACAACUACCACAACCACUCCGACAACUACCACAACCACUCCGACAACUACCACAACAACCACUCCGACAACCACAACAACCACUCCGACAACAACACCAGAGAUAGAAACUACGACAACUGAGGAGAACUCGGGCGUCGUCAUAAUCGGCUGAAAAUGAAUUUUUGCAGAGAUCAAAUAAAUAUGAAUUGAAAUUUAGAUUAAUUCCUAGCUGCAGUGUAGACAUAAAUAUUGCCUUUGAACUUUCAAUUUUUAGAUAGAUUUCUUUUAUCAUUUUCUUAACCAUGUACAUUUGAGACGCAUCUACAGUUAUAUUAAAUAUGAAAAUCUC